GGUAGCUUAUGUAUUCAACUCCAUUGACGGGUCAAAGAGAAUCGAAGUUUAUAGAUUCAAAAAUGGAAGCAUCGUUGUUGAAUUUAGCAUUUUCAUAACGCGAGUUUUAUCGAUACCCCAGGACAACCCACCAGAUCUUGUCAAAGAAGUCAACACUAUUAUGAUAGAACAAGUGAAAAAAGGGAGCUUUGGAAACUAUUCAGUCAGCCUCGAUUCACUCUUUCUUAAAGCAAUCCCUCCUCCACCAAUAAACAUUGGAGUCAUUGAUAAAGGGACAAUGUUCAUCGAACUACAUUGGGGACGGCCGGUCAAUUGGGAAUCAUAUCAGAUAAAAAAGUAUAUCCUCAAGUACAAAAAGAGCACAGAAUCAGUCUUCAAAAUGAUUGAGAAAAUAGAUAGAAAUGUUUUCGCCAAGGAAAUCGAAAAUCUGGAAAAGAAUACGAAAUAUGAUUUUGAACUGUAUUCGGAGAAUGCUGUUGGGCAGAGCACUCCGUCUACGUUCAGUGUCACUACAUUGAGUGUUAAUCCAGUCAUUGCCAACGAUGGACAACAGUUCAUUUUUAAAAAGGGCGAAACAGCGGUUAUCUUCUGCAUUGGUUCAAGUGAAAAAAUACCAGAUAAAGUCGAGUGGACUUCCGAACGUCCGUCAACAGCAGAGGUGUAUGCAAAUGAAACAAGGAAGACCAAAAGCAUAUACAUGACCUUCACAAAGGUAAAAGAGGAAAACGCAGGAAUCUAUAAGUGUAGGACGUCGAUGAAGGAUGCUGUUGGGGAAGGCAAUGUUACACUGAUUGUCAUAGUUCCUGUUGAAGUAAAGCUGAAUGCAACGCUUAAUGAGACUUUUACAGAAGAUUUGAGAAAUGAGAAGACACCUAAAUACAAGAGGUUGAAAACUAAAUUUGAAAAUGAGUUAGCUAAAAUUUACGUCAAUAUGACCGGCUUUGUAAGAGUAGAAGUCAUUGCAUUCACAAAUGGCAGCGUGAAAGUAAGAUUUCGAGUCAUCGUAGAAGUCAAGGUCGGAGAAGCAGAACAGCUAGGCAAACCUACCAGAACAAAAGUGGAUGUGACAACUAGAAUCAUCAAGAAAGUCCAAACGUCAGAUGGUAACAUAGGUGGAGGGUUGUUUAUCAAAAAGAACUCCAUCACUUCAGAUGCUCCGCCUCCCUCUCCUCUUAACCUGACUUUAACAGAAAUACACGAAACUAUGGCGCAUCUGAAAUGGCUGCAACCCGAAGGUGCAGACGCGUUUUCUAUCCACAGCUACACCAUCAAGCUAAAGAAGUUUGGACAAGCAUGGCAAGAGAAAGUCACAACACAGCAUAUUCAGUUGGAUUCGAGAAUAGAGGAACUUGAAGACGACACACGCUAUACUGUGAAGGUGUUUGCUAGAGGUAGCGGUGGUAAAGGGCUGGACAGUGAUGUUGAGGAAUUUAAAACAAAAGAGGUCAACAUAAAUCUCACAUGGUUGUGGGUAUUACUUGCUCUGCUCCUGGUUCUCGGGAUUUUGGUCUUCGUAGUUCUCCGCUACAAAAGGAAGAAAAAAGUAGAUCAUCGAUAUGAUGCCAAUGGCAACAGAGCUGGCCAGAGAAGGGCAUCCAUCCCGGUACGAAACGAGACGUCCAAUGGAGAUCCUAAAAACGUAACCAUCUACUCCUAUCGGAACAACGCCUUCGCUCUCUCUUCCAUGGACUUUGAAUCCCUCGGGCUGAUGCCGGGCAAAUGGUGGGAAAUCCCGCGAGAAGUACUAACUCUUGGCGACACCCUCGGUGCUGGUCAGUUUGGAUUAGUUAAGAAAGGAGUUAUAGAGGUGGAUAGUGGAUCAGUGACGUGUGCGGUCAAGAUGCUAAAGCAAUCAGCUGGUGAAGAAGAAGCACGUGAUUUAAUGAAUGAGCUGGAAAUCAUGGCUGGUGUUGGCACCCAUGCUAAUCUGGUGAACCUCAUUGGUGCAUGUACCCAUGACGGACCAUUCUUGAUCGCGUUGGAGUUUGCUGRUGGAGGCAGUCUUUUGAGUUACAUCAAAACUAAUGCGAUGACCUUGGGCAAUGGACAGGAAGCGUCUUCCUUGUCUGAUCAAAAAAAGUUAGAGAUCGGUUUGGACAUUGCUAAGGGGAUGCAACACCUGGCUCACGUCAAGUGUGUUCAUCGCGAUCUUGCUGCAAGAAACGUUCUACUCACUGCUGACCACAAAGCAAAGAUAGCGGAUUUCGGGCUGUCUCGUGAUGUGUACGAGCGUGGAUUCUACGAAAAACAAUCGAAGGGCAAACUCCCAAUUCGAUGGAUGUCACCUGAAGCAAUACAACAGAUGAUGUUCACUACAAAAGGCGACGUUUGGUCUUAUGGUGUCGUACUUUGGGAGAUUGAAUCUGGAGGCAAACUUCCCUAUGCAGGCCUUGGGAUGCUUGAACUGAUUGAUUACUUAAAGAAAGGCCAUAGACUGGCAAGACCAAGCCGAUGCAUACAGGGCGUCUAUAACGUGAUGCUGCAUUGCUGGUACAUGGAUCCCAACAAAAGACCCACUUUUGAUAACCUUUGUGCCAAUAUGGAAGAACUCCUCUCCCAUUCCGAGGAUGAUGUUGCAAACUCCUCUUGGAAAGUAUCAACUGCGUCAACACUAUAUGGCAACUUGAUCAGUGAACACACUCACUAGAGAUAAAUAUUGCUGCUGUCACGUGAAUGAAUGAAACCUUAAUAGGGCUCAUCCGCCAUGUGUCGGUUAUAAAUUUCGGGAGGAUCUGGCGCCGACCGUAAUUCAGGAUGACUGCUAUAUAGUCGGCUGCGAGAGAGACCAACGAUGACCAUAUUGCUCUGUAUCUGAUCAGAGCGCCUUUUUAAAACAAUUGUUUAUUAUAUAAACGUCGUCGGUGCAUAGUAAAAGAAAACGUCUCGCACGA